AUGGGAAAACUGACGCUUAACAACCCGAUCAUUCCGUUGGGCUCUGUUGUCCUCGUCACCGGCGUCAAUGGACUCAUCGGGUCUUGGGUCGCCGACAAGUUUCUUGAGGCGGGAUACCGGGUGCGCGGAACUGUACGUAGUAUCUCACGAUGCGCUUGGAUGGAGCCCUUUUUCACCGAUCGCCAUGGUUCAGGCCGGUUCGAGCUCAUAGAGGUAUCGGAUUUUAGCGCUCCAGGGGCGUGGGAUGAAGCAGUUAGGGGAGUCGCUAGCGUCGCGGGCGUCGCUGGACAGGCCGGUGUAGAUCUCGUGGAUAUUGACGCUGCUCUACAACUAGAGUUUCCGUUUGUGACCGGGCUUCUGGGUGCCGCCAAGAACGAGCCUAGCGUCAAAACCGUCGUCUUCACAAGUUCUGCGUGGGCUGCGUGGACACCAGACCCGGACAAGAAGGCGGUACUGCACGAAUGGUCGUACAACGAUGAAGCGGUACGUAUUGUGCAAAAUAGCAAACCCGGGGAGAAAAUUGGCAUUUUGGGGUAUAUGGCCUUCAAAUCGCUGCUCGAACAAAAGAUCUGGGACUGGAUUCGCACAGAGAAGCCCUCAUACACGUUUAACACGAUCCUCCCGGAUACGGUCUUCGGUACGACUUUAAGUCCAGAGAACCAGGGUAUACAGAGUACUUGCGGCAUGGUCAAAUGGCUCCGCGAUGGUGUCAACUUGGAUCUGCUAGCUAGCAUACCUGCUCAGAGGUUCAUCGACACACAAGAUCUUGGGUUACUGUAUCUAGCAGCUCUCACCACACCGGGUGUGGAUGGCGAACGCCUUUUUGCCUUUGGGAACAAGUACAGCUUCUCAAAGGUCGGGGAAAUUCUGCAGAAGCUCGAGCCUGAGACGAAGAUAUUGCUGGCGAAGGACGAUAGGUGGGAUCAGACAGACGUGCCCAACCAGAGGGCGGAAAGCUUAUUGCGGGCGCUUGGCGGCCGCAGUUGGGCUACGUUGGAAAAUAGCAUCGCGGAUUGUUUGAGCAGCAUCAAGAAAUUUGAAAGCUAG